UUUGAUGUUACUUAUGUUUUCCUCAUCCAGAUGCCAAGAGACAGGUUGUGAUGACUCAGAUGCCAGAAUUCCUGGCAGUGUCUCCUGGAGACACAGUCACUAUCCGCUGCAAAGCCAGUUCCAGUGUUUAUGGCAACAUGGCCUGGUACCAACAGAAAUCAGGACAAGCUCCUAAACUCCUCAUCCACAGCGCCUCCACCCGUCCCUCUGGGAUCCCAGACCGGUUCAGCGGCAGUAAGUCUGGCACCGACAUCACAUUCACCAUCAGCCGGGUAGAAGCAGAUGAUGCUGGAGAUUAUUAUUGUCAACAAGGCUCUAGCUCACCUCUCACAGUGAUAGACCAAUACGAAAACCUCCGUGCUGCCGUCAGUUUCUGGUCCUCAUCAAAACAGCUGUUUUCCUGCAGCCAGUCCAAGUGUCACACCAACAGCUACUGUCAGAAUGGUGGAGCAUCUGUCAAUUUCAGACAUCUCACCCCAUUGUCCUCUCCCUUCGUCAUUUCUCAUACAUCUCUGCUGAAGGCACAACAGAGGGGACUGGAACUUGUGGUAGCAGCAGGGACUGGCCCAAAAACCACUGAAGCCGGUGGAAAGAUCCUACUGAUGUCAGGAAGUUUAGAUCAAGAUGCAAGAAUUCUUACUUGCUGCCCCCUCCGGGCAUUUCAUGGUUGAAACGGAAAUAGUCCUCCCAGGGCUUUAUUGGCAGUGCUGCCUUUUGCGGAGGCUGGACCAAGUUCCUGGACUCCAGAGCAAUACUGGGUUUGCAAUGACACCAGUGGAAUCAGGGGGCGAGGCUCAGAUCCUAAAAGAGGCUUUGGUGCUGGGGGUCGAGGUCCCAACAAUCUGCUGUCUGCCUCUAG